GAACGAACGGGAUGCGUAAUCAUAUCCACCAUCGGGAGUCGGGAAUCACCAGGAGAACCCAGGAAGAGCAAGAGUGGGCGGGUGAUUUUAGGCGAUGAAUCGAUGUGUGAUUUAGCGUUUUUUGCAAAUUUUGCAUUUGUAAGUUAUAGGAAUAAACGAUCCAAUUAUUGUUAGUACGGGAAUCGGUCCCGCCGGAGUGUGCCGGAUUCCGGUCAAUGAACAGACAGAAAUGCAGUGAAAAGUGCAGAAGAAAAUAGUGCAGACGACGUAACUAGUAUUCGCGACCCGAUCGUGUUGUGUGGGAAAUCUUAUUUUUACUUGCCCCUCGCUGAGCUGGAGGUAAAGUCUGGCGGUGAUCGUGGCCCCAAUACCACCCAUAGGAGGACCAGCAAUAUUUAUUAUCGAAACGGAGGACAGCAGCAAUCAGUGACACCUGAACGAAGCUCGCGAGUUUGGAUGUUCUUGCGUAUUUUCUUCCGUUGCUGUAACGAUCAAGAAAUGAAUACGCUGAACAAGUCUGUUGGAGCGACCGAGAAUGGAGCAGUGCACAACGAACGACUGGUAAUCCUCGAUGCUGGGGCACAGUAUGGAAAGGUCAUCGACCGAAAAGUGCGUGAACUGAAAGUGAAGUCUGAAAUUUUGCCACUAGACACGCCUGCUCAGAAGCUGAAGGAGCAAGGCUUCCAGGCGAUCAUCAUUUCCGGUGGACCGAACUCGGUGUACGCCGAAGAUGCGCCACACUAUGAUCCGGACAUUUUCAAAAUAGGAUUGCCGAUUUUAGGUAUUUGCUAUGGAAUGCAAAUUAUGAACAAAGAGUUUGGCGGAACUGUUCACAAGAAGGACAUUCGCGAGGAUGGCGAACACAACAUCGAAGUGGAAGUUUCCUGUCCGCUUUUCAAAGGCCUUACACAAGUGCAGUCGGUGCUGCUGACGCACGGGGACAGUCUGGACCGAGUUGGCAACAAGCUCAAGGUGUGUGCGUACUCCUCCAACAGGAUUGUGGCCGGUAUCUACAAUGAGCAGAUGCGUAUCUAUGGUGUGCAGUUCCAUCCAGAGGUGGAUCUAACGGUGAAUGGUAAACAGAUGCUUUCGAACUUCUUGUUCGAAAUUUGCGGUUUCUCGCAGAGCUUCACCAUCCACAACCGCGAGGAAGAAUGUAUCAACUACAUUCGGGAGCGUGUUGGAAACAAUAAAGUUUUGUUGUUAGUUAGUGGCGGCGUUGAUUCCACAGUUUGCGCAGCCCUUCUUCGAACUGCCUUAAAACCGGAACAAGUUAUUGCUGUUCAUAUUGAUAAUGGUUUUAUGCGAAAGAAUGAGAGUGCUCAGGUGGAAAAAUCGCUCCGUGAGUUGGGUGUCGAUCUACUGGUGAAGGAUGCGCUAUACCAAUUCACCCGGGGAACCACUACGAUCAAGGUUCCCGGAUCGCUCUACAAUCAAGAUACGCCCAUGCUGUGUCAGACGACCAGUCCCGAAGACAAGCGCAAGAUCAUUGGCGACGUAUUCGUCAAAGUAUCGAGCGAGAUCAUCAAGGAUCUGAACCUGAACGCCGAGGAGGUUUUCCUUGCGCAGGGAACUCUGCGGCCGGAUCUGAUCGAAUCGGCUUCUACGCUGGUCAGUACGAAGGCCGAUACCAUCAAAACGCAUCACAAUGAUACGGAAUUGAUUCGUCAGCUGCGAGAAACGGGACGGGUAAUUGAACCCCUGCAGGACUUCCACAAGGAUGAGGUCCGGCAGCUUGGCUAUGAAUUGGGACUCCCGGCACAUGUCGUUGAACGACAUCCGUUCCCUGGUCCGGGGUUGGCCAUCCGCGUACUGUGCGCCGAAGAAGCUUACAUGAAGGAUUAUUCAGAAACACAGGUGAUUGCUAAAGUUAUCGUGGACUACAAGAAGAAACUUGAACAAAAUCAUGCUCUGCUCAACCGUGUGUCUGGAACAACGUCCAAGGAAGAACAGGAGGAGCUUUGUCGCAUUUCCAGCGCCAUAAAGCUAAACGCCACUUUACUGCCAGUUCGAAGCGUCGGAGUGCAAGGUGAUAAACGGUCCUACAACUACGCCGUGGGUCUCAGCAGCAAAGACCAACCAAACUGGCAGGACAUGAUGUUCCUUUCAAAGCUGAUUCCCAGAAUCUUGCAUAACGUCAACCGGGUGUGCUACAUUUUUGGGGACGCCGUGAAGUAUCCAGUGCAGGACAUCACUCACACCCUACUGACGCAGAAUGUGAUAUCGCAGAUCAGACAGGCGGACGCAAUCGCUAACAGGAUUUUGAUGGAAAACGAAUGCAUGCGAAAAAUCUCGCAAAUGCCCGUGAUCCUGAUACCAGUGCAUUUCGAUCGGGACCCGGCACCCAAGACGCCAUCCUGCCAGCGCUCGGUCGUACUGAGACCGUUCGUCACCAACGACUUCAUGACGGGAGUUCCGGCCGUGCCCGGUACGGACCGAUUACCCCUGCACGUUCUGCAUAAAAUGGUCGACGAAAUCGGUAGCCUAAGCGGCAUUUCGCGAGUCCUAUUGGACCUGACUGCGAAGCCACCGGGCACGACCGAGUGGGAAUGAUUCGUCCAAACAGCGACACGAUGCUUACUGCAGCCGCCGCCACCACAUCCACCACCACCAGCGUCAUCCUUGCUUGCCUCAUCAGCAUCAUAAAGUCGUUAACGUCGUCACAAUCGCGGGCUGCUAGAAUUUCACCGAAGGCAUCGCUGCCAGCUGUUGUAGCGGAAUUAUCAUCAUCUUAUAACGAAAAGAGCUAGGUUAUUUUUCUACCACUGUAGUGUGCGGUACAGGAUCGGAUUAGAAAACGUUUAACGUUUAUCUGGACAAGGAUUGAUGAAACACGUGACAUUGAAUUGCCACACAUCGUCGAUCCUGAGGAGAAUUGUAAAGAAUACAUAUAUAGAUAUGAGAGAAAUGCAGUUGGACAGUGAUGUUCGCAGAAAUGCCAAGAAAAUAUUGCUGCUUUGAGAAGCGUUAAGGUUUAAUAUAUUUUGGGGCGAAGUACCCAAACUGAGAGAGAAUAUGCGGCUCCGCUUCGCUAAUAGAAUCAACAUGUGUCCAUCAGGUGUUUAAUUUGUUUAAUUAAAUGUUUAUUGAAAAGCACCUAUCGACAUUGAAUUGGAAAUAAAUCAAAACUUUACUAAGUUUUUUGAGUCUCCAUUUUUACUCUAAUCUAUGUCCGUACAAGAAUGUGUCCUUUUCGUUGACCUUACCAGUGCACACUGUACCUAAUAUGCAGUUCUCCAGAUAUGUAAUGUUGAAACUACUAUAGCAAACAAUAAACAGAAAACGAACAAUCUUUACAAA